AUGGCUCCCAAGAUCGCUAUCGUCUACUACUCCAUGUACGGCCACAUCAAGGCCAUGGCCGAGGCUGAGAAGGCCGGUAUCGAGAAGGCCGGUGGCACUGCCGACCUCUUCCAGGUCCCCGAGACCCUCCCCGAGGAGGUCCUUGCCAAGAUGCACGCUCCCCCCAAGCCCACCGACAUUCCUACCCUCAACGACCCCAGCAUCCUUGAGAACUACGAUGCCUUCCUCCUCGGCAUCCCCACCCGUUACGGAAACUUCCCCGCCCAGUGGAAGGCUUUCUGGGACCAGACUGGCAAGCAGUGGGCUUCCGGCGGUUUCUGGGGCAAGAUGGCCGGUAUCUUCGUCUCUACCGCUUCCCAGGGCGGUGGCCAGGAGACUACUGCUCAGAACGCCAUCUCCACCCUCACCCAUCACGGCAUCAUCUACGUUCCUUUCGGUUACGCCAAGGCUUUCGGCCAGCUGACUGAUCUCUCUGAGGUUCGCGGUGGCAGCGCCUGGGGUGCCGGUACCUUCGCCGGUGCUGAUGGCUCCCGCCAGCCCUCCGCCAAGGAGCUUGAGGUCGCUCAGAUCCAGGGAGAGCACUUCUACCAGACUGUUGCCAACAGCCAAGCCGAGGCUGCCCCAGUGGUGACACAAAACACCAAGCCUGCCGAGGCUAAAAAGGAGACUGCACCUCAGUCAGACAACAAGGGACCUCAAGAGCUCAAGGAGGUCAAGGAAGGUCCUUGUGGACUGCCCGCAAAGUGUGUCGUCCAAUAA